CACACUCCUCCCACUCAAACUGUCUUCACACACUCGCAGUCAUUCAUUGAACCUCCGUUGGACUCUCAUUCUGCUAACCUACCGCGGCUGUUUGGACCAUGUUUGCGUGCAGAGCGGCCUGGCAGAGGUGUGGGCCUCUGGCGCGACAGUCACUGUACCGCGCACACCUCUGUAGGGAUGUUGUUCCUCGAAGGCUUAUGUCCUCGGUUCCUGGUGGCUCAGGAGAGAAUUUGCUUUAUGUUGUUCUUUGUGGUGGAGUGUUUGCAGGUGCUUUGACAUAUACUUACAAAACAAUUGGAAGAGACCGUGACCGUGUGAAUGAACGCCUCUCGGAAAUCAAAGCGCGUCCCAAGUCUGAGUGGAAGCCCAAACCAUGGCCACCCAAGAGUGGGGAUGAUGGUGAUGAAGCCAGUGAGACCGUAGCAGAGGAGGAGGUCGCUGCUGUAGCUAAUGAGAAUGAGGCCGAACCAGAGGUCCUAAUGGAAGUGGCUCAGGCCAAGGAUGCUGGGUCUUUGGAGACUGUUGUGGAGAAGGUGGCUGAAACGGUUGCCGGGACAGCGGAGGUGGUCGCUGAGGUGGCAGAGGUUGUUGCCGAGUCGGCGGAGGAGGUGGCGGCUGUAGCGCAGGAAGUUGAGAAGCUGGCACAGGAAGUUGAGACAGCGGCAGAGGCAGUCGUAGCUCCGGUCAUCCAGGCUGAAGAGCCUUCGUCAGAGAGCAAUGUGGCGAAGUCAGAUUUGGUCAGCCUGGAAACAUUGGAGAUGGCUGCUGCCUCUGUUCUUGAGGUUCCUGUGAAAUCUUUGUCAGUGGAGGAUGUGGAUGCUGGCACAGAGAUUACAGUGCAGUCUGAAGCUUCUCCAGAGAAGCCUAUUGAUGUGCCUGCACCAGUGGAAUUAGGAAGUGAACCAGUAACAGAGGCAGCAUCUGUUGCUUCACCAGUUUUCUCAGAAGAGGCACAUUUUGCAGUGGAGGUAUCUGUUGCCCCAGUAAAAGAAGAUGUCCCACCAGCAGAGGGUGUGACCACUGAUUCCCUAGUAACUUCAGAAGAUGCACCAGUUUCCUUAGAAACAGAGGAGGCACCAGUUGAUUUUCCAGUAACCCCAGUAGCAGAGGAGGCUCCAGCUGACUCGCCAGUAACCCUUAUUGAAGAGAAGGCACCAGUUGAUUCACCAGUAACCCCAGUAGCAGAGGAGGCUUCAGUUGAUUCACCAGUAACCCCAGUUGCAGAGGAGGCACCAGUUGAUUCACCAGUAGCAGAGGAGGCUUCAGAUGAUUCACCAGUAACCCCAGUAGCAGAGGAGGCACCAGUUGAUUCACCAGUAGCAGAGGAGGCACCAGUUGAUUCACCAGUAGCAGAGGAGGCUUCAGUUGAUUCACCAAUAACCCCAGUAGUAGAUGAGGCAACAGCUAAUUCACCAGUUACCCCAGUAGCAGAGGAGGCACCAGUUGAUACACCAGUAGCAGAGGAGGCUUCAAUUGAUUCACCAGUAACCCCAGUAGCAGAGGAGGCACCAGUUGAGGAAGUGACUGCAGAAAGUCCAAUUGUGGAGGUUUUAGUAAGUGUGGUUGAGGAAGCGCCAGCAAGUUCAGUUGUGGAAGCUACAGAUGUAAAUGCAGCAUCUGCAGAGGCACAUGGUUCAGUUGAAACUUCAAAUGCGCCUGAUGCUUUGGAAAAUCCAGCUGAAUCGAAAGAUUUCAUAGUGGUUGUCUUGGAGGGAGCUCCUAAAUCAGAAAAGAAACCCAAGGUGCUGGGUGUGUCCCCCUUAACCGGUAAAAUCAUUCCGACCCCUGAUGAUGAUGUGGAGCCAUCAGGUCAGGUAACAGGCCAAGCGCAGAUUGCUUAAAGUGCAAAUGCAUUAGUACCAGCAAAGAAACUUAAGUUGUGAGAGGUCAGAUGUGGGAUAGUAAACCAGCUCCUUGAUCAAGAAUUAGUGAUGUGCCUUCCCUUUUCCCUCAUUUCCUGCUUUAACUUUGAGCUCACAUUCAACUCAAUGUAUUUGAUGCAAUAUCAGCACUGAUCCAAAUACUGUUACUACAUUGUGUAUAGUACCUUCUGAAUACACUUGUCCUCCAUUUACAACACUUUAUGCAAUAUGUUUCUUAAAAAUAUAGGUGAAAAGCUGUGAUCUUGAUACAUUUUAGCUGUUUUUAAAUGUUACUCCACCUUCUGUUUACUAGUCAACUGCACGAUUGAGCCUAUUAUGCUUUAGUUAACUCUACCUCAAACUUUACACUAGUAGGACAAGUUACUAUACCAGCAGAACUAUAAAAUUGCCAAGCAAACACACUGCCAUACCUGCACGAUAAUCACCAUUAAUAUCCAGUUAGACCUCAUGUUAUCCUCUUCCUUGACUGUUUUUGAUUUGUUUAUCAAUUGUCUAUUUUUGAUACCACUACCUCAGCUUGAGUCAUGUUAUUCACCUUGAAAAUGCAAAGUAUUCUAUAAAAAACCUGUAUUUUUUCACUUGCAGUAAUCAGUAUUGAGCUAGUACUAAAAUUGUUACAUGUGUAAAGAAAACAAAUUGCAAAUGUCAAUAUUAUCAAUACAUUACAGUAUUACGUCAUGUCAUGUUACAAAUUACUUUACAACAUUCAUUUUAAAAUUCAUUAUAACGUUAUCUAAGAGCAAAAACACUGUGAUGCUUUAUUAGUCUUGCUUUAUUGCUUUAUUAGUAGGCUAGAUGCUUUAUUGUUCUUCAAGGAGUUAUUAUAACCUGCUUUUGUGUUCCUGUUCGUUCUCCGAUGGUCCAUUAACUAUCAAACACACCAAUGAAAAGAUUCUUGUGGUUGUAAAUUAUCUUGCUUCACAAGUAUGCAAGUCAAAGUUAUAAGGUGUCCCAACAUGUUAUGCCAAAGUUACACUUGCUGUAACUUAUUUGUUUCUAUUUAAGACUGAUAGACAUGUAGACUCUAAAUAUACGAGGGGAAAUAAGGUCAGAAAAGAACAUGCAGAUACAAAAAUUACUACAUUGAAUUUAAAGUAUUUUUCAUAUGUGUUCAAAUAAGGGACCUUUAUGGAAAUAAUGUGAAAAAGGUUUCAGUGUCACUUUCUUGUUGCUGUUUUAUGGCUUGAGGAAUGUAAUGUGCUUUUCUGAGGUUUGCUACUUUAACUCUAAGCCUAUUAAACCUAUAGGUCUGUGAAUAUGCUGUGAAUCUGUAUCUGAGAAAAAUAAAGGGAGCGUUAAAAGAG